CACCCUCCACCCCCUCUACUUCCCCAAAAGAUCAGCAGCAGGUCUUAGUUGAGUUAUAUUCAAUUACCUUGUUCAGCAUCCCUUUUUGGAGGAAAUUGUCAACAAUAUUUUAAACGGGAAAUAAAAUACAACAACGUAAGUGUUAUCUGUUUCCUGAUAGUUAUAUAGAAACCCGUUCCCUCGGCAUUAAGAAAGUUGUUUGUGACCGCCUGCCAUGUGAUCCCCCUGCCGAACCCAGCCAGAAUGUCACCCGUCAUAUACGACCCGUUUCCCGCCGGUCUAAAAGUUUCCAGCUGGAGUUUACGACAGAAACUGGGAGAAUCAGCGGGGGGCAACAUGCGCUCCUUAGCGGGACUGGCUACCAUUGUGGUCGCGGCGACUGUCUACCUCUACCUGCUGUCGACUCACCUUCCCCCGGGACCCGAGCACAUCCAGCCGGACUCCGAGGGAGAGGACGGGGAAGCCCAGGAGUACAGGCUGAAGUUCCCAUCAGACCUGGAUGAGCUGCGGGAGCUCGCUGAGAUGCUCAAGUUUUACAAAAGAGAACAUUACGGCUACGUUCUGCUGCUGUUCUGCAGUGCAUACCUCUACAAACAGUCCUUCGCCAUACCUGGAUCCUCUUUUCUGAACAUGUUGGCUGGGGCAAUAUUUGGGCCUUGGGAGGGUCUGGUGUUGGCCUGCCUGCUCACCACUUCAGGCUCCACGUUCUGCUUCCUGCUCUCCUCAGUGUUUGGAAAGCAGCAUGUGGUUCAAGUCUUUCCUGAUAAGGUGGCCCUGCUGCAGAGGAAGGUUGAGGACAAUCGUAGCAGUUUGUUCUUCUUCCUCCUUUUCCUCCGUUUCUUCCCUAUGACUCCUAAUUGGUUCCUUAACAUCACCUGUCCUGUCCUCAACAUCCCUAUGCCUAUUUUCUUCUUCUCUGUGUUCAUAGGUUUGAUCCCCUACAAUUUCAUAUGUGUCCGGACGGGCUCCAUCCUCUCUGAGAUCUCCUCUCUGGAUGAUAUCUUCUCCUGGGGGACGCUGGCCCAGCUCCUGGCCAUCGCACUCAUGGCUCUGGUGCCUGGGGCGCUGAUCAAACAGUACAGCAAGGCUCACCUCAAGGUGGAUGGCAUGGAUAAUAACGGACCCAGCCAGGAUCACAUCAAGCUGGAGCGGAAAAGACAAUGACAGUGGGAUGAAAAGGGAAUAAUUUGGUUGUGGGGUGUCCACUGGAAGGCAUGCGACCUCCUGUCCACUUCAGCCUCUUUAUUUCUGUAAGGACACACUGGAGGCUCUUCAUACUUUAAGUAUGAUACAUAGUGAAUGUUUGGAAGUGUUCUGAGGUCAUGUUACACACGACCUAAAGACUGAGUUUCCUCUCUCUCAAUGUUAACAUGCAGGCAGGGGAAAAUCUCCUGAGAGUGCCCCUAAAGAAAGAAGGAUUUACAAUGAAAUAAGGUCUUAAAAUGUCAGGGUGACUGGUUGCUCUUGAAUGUGCUCAGUAGUUGAAAUUCUGAGGAUGAUACUGUGAUAAUGAAUGGUGUUACAGCAGCUUUAAGAUCAGCUAAACCGCCGAUAAUCUUGAAGGUGCAAGAACAUGAUAAUUUGUAUACUUUUUUUAAAUGUAUCCGAGCUAGAUCUUUGUGAUCUCAGUAAAACCAUCUUCUUUUUAUAGCUGCAUGAAGCAGUUUGCAUCCCUGG